AUGCUUGAGCAGCUGGACAAUUGGGAAUAUGCGGGGGAUGAAUUUUUUAUUCAGACACUUUUGGCUUCAGACGAUCUAAAAGCACCAAAUGCCUUUACACAUAAAUGCAUUGAUCAAAAAAUUAGUGUGCCAUACAACAUUUGGGAAUUUGAGCACAAAGACAAAUGUUAUAGUAAAAAUUUUCGUCAUUAUAGUUGUGUAUUUGGAAUAGAUGAUUUGUGGCACAAUUUCCACAACUCAAAAUAUUUAUUUGUCAAUAAAAUGAUGCCACAAUCCGAUUUUGGAGCGAUUAUUUGUUGGCAUGAAGAGAUGAGGAGGAGGAAUAUUUUAGAAAACCGAGUAAAAAAAUUAAAUUUAACGAUAUAUCGAAAUUGGCCUCAGGCGAGUUUUUUUUGAAAAAAAUGUU